CAGCGGGCGCCGCUGCUUACGUGCGUCCUGUACACAAACAGCGCUCGCUGCCUCCGAUCCCGAUCCCCAACCCCAGCCCGGCCCCGGGCCGCCAUCGUCCCGCCAUCCCCCGCCUCCUCUCCCCCUCUCCCCGGUAACCGGAGCCAACCGAUCACCAGGGGCGCGCCUUGCUGAAGCGAGCAGGCAGGCCCGAGCUUUGGCCUGGGCCCGCGGCACAGUGUCGGAGUGUCCGCCGGCUGCUGCAGGGCGCCGGCCUGCUCCUGCCUCUGCGCCAGUGCGGUGGAGCCACUGGGGAUCGGCAGCAGCAGCAUGUCUGGGAGCCCCGAGAAGAGCCUGACUGCCCAAGAGCUGAAGGAACAAGGGAACCGCCUCUUCCUCAGUAGAAAGUAUCCAGAAGCCGCGGCCUCCUACAGCAAGGCCAUAAACCGUAACCCAUCUGUGGCUGUGUACCACACAAACCGUGCUCUGUGCUAUGUGAAGAUGCAACAAUUCGACAAGGCGGUGGCAGACUGUAAACAUGCCCUGGAGUUAGAUAGCCAAUCUGUUAAGGCUCACUUCUUCCUGGGACAGUGCCUGGUGGAAAUGGAGAAUUAUGAUGAAGCAAUCGGCAACCUGAAUCGAGCUUACAAUUUAGCAAAAGAACAAAGGCUGAAUUUUGGGGAUGACAUUCCAAGUGCCCUGAGGAUAGCGAAAAAGAAGCGCUGGAACAACAUUGAAGACAAAAGAAUACAGCAGGAGAAUGAUCUUCAUGACUACCUCUCCAAACUGAUCCUCUCAGAAAAAGAAAGGGAAGUGGAACAAUGUAAACGAAAACUCCAUGAAGAGACCCUGGAUGAUUCCCGAACACGAAUGGAAAUUACAAAGAUAGAAGUCAGACACGACAAGUACAUGAAUGAAAUGGAUGACUUAUUCUCGCAGGUGGAUGAGAAGAGAAAGAAACGAGAUAUUCCCGACUAUCUUUGCGGAAAGAUCAGCUUUGAGUUAAUGAGGGAGCCAUGCAUCACGCCCAGUGGGAUCACAUAUGACAGGAAAGAUAUAGAGGAGCAUCUUCAGCGGGUGGGUCACUUUGAUCCAGUGACUCGAAGUCCAUUGACCCAAGAACAGUUGAUUCCAAACCUGGCCAUGAAGGAGGUAAUCGAUGCGUUUAUAUCGGAAAAUGGCUGGGUAGAAGAUUACUGAACUGGAUUUCAGCCCAUCAGGACUUGCACAUUUGCACUACAGCAGCAACUCGAUGAUUGGACUAACCAGAUGCGCGAGAGUGAGCAAGCCACGGAGAUGACCGACUGAGGGAGAGGGGAUGUGCAGGUGCCACCUGUACCUCUGUACCUGCUUGUGUUUAAAUUUAUUUUACAUGCAUGUAUAUAAAUCUUAUUUGCCAGAAGAACUCUGAACUUGGAAAAAUUAUUAAAGUGUUUAAUAAUGCUUGGUGUAGUGGGGUGGGG